AUGAGGAGAGAUAAUGAGAGCAUUGUCUAUGAGUUUAUCCUCUUGGGGCUCCCCAUUCGAGCAGAAAACCAAGGCAUGUACUCUGUCCUGUUCCUGAUCAUGUACCUGACCACAUUGCUGGCAAACCUGCUAAUCAUUGUGCUCAUCAAGCUGAACUCUCACCUACACACCCCCAUGUACUUUUUUCUUAGCCACUUGGCCUUCACAGACAUCUCUUUUGCAUCAGUUGCAUCUCCAAAAAUGGUUAUAAAUAUGCUGACGCACAGUCAGUCCAUCUCAUAUGCUGGAUGCAUUACCCAGGUAUAUUUCUUUUCAGUUUUUGCUGUUCUUGACAGCUUUCUUCUGACAUCAAUGGCCUAUGACAGGUAUGUGGCCAUCUGCCACCCUCUGCAAUAUUCACAAAUUAUGAAUGAGAACCUCUGUGUUCUUCUAGUAGUAGUUUCCUGGGCCUUAUCUACUGCCAAUUCCCUUGUGCAUACUCUUCUCUUUGCUCAACUGACUCACUUUAGAGAAAAUAUCAUUCCCCACUACUUCUGUGACCUGUCUACCUUGCUGAAGCAUUCUACCUCAGACACUACCAUCAAUGAGCUGGUCAUUCUUGUUUUAGGUAAUGUGGUCAUCACCCUGCCAUUCAUAUGCAUUCUGGUCUCUUAUGGGCACAUUGGAGUCACCAUUCUGAAAACUCCCUCAAUCAAAGGAAUCUACAAAGCCUUGUCCACAUGUGGGUCUCACAUCUGUGUGGUUUCCUUGUACUAUGGAGCCAUCAUUGGAUUAUAUUUUGUCCCCUCAUCUAAUAACACUAAUGACAAGGAUGUCAUUGUGGCUAUGAUGUACACUGUGGUCAUACCCAUGGUGAAUCCCUUUAUUUAUAGUCUGAGGAAUCGAGAUAUGAAAGGAGCAAUUAGAAAUAUCUUCAGCAGGAGACUUUGUUCACAAUGA